CAUCAACGUAACUCGUACUAUUCCAAGAAUACACCACCCAACUGCGAGUAUGACGGAAGCUGGCCGUUGCAACACCCCCUCCCCGCACGCCAAUGGUUCAUUCAGCACCAUCAGUCGGCCAACUCUCGGCUGCUUGUACCAACUAUCCAAUAACGGGUUACGCGGGCUACGUCGACGAGGGAUUCAGCACUGUAACCUAGGUAGCGAAUGAUGCUUCUCGUAAAGUGAACUGCAUACUACCACUACUGGGUUGUUCACUCGUCCAUUGACCUUCCAUCCUUGUAUAGUUUGCUUCCUCACAACUCUUUUUCCCCACUACUAUUCCAGGGUCAAAGAUAUAAGAGCUGUGCUCCCAACACAUAAGACUAUUGUAUCUCUGUCCUGGUGACUUGUGUUCCCUUAUUCUUUAGCAUUCGUCGCUGGUGAUAUAUUUUUCUCCUUUCACAAUGACGCUCCCAAUCAUUCUCGCCGGCGCCGUCAUAAUAACCUUCUUCGCCUACAAAUUCCUCUACGGCACCGACACACCGAAGAUCAAGGGACUCCCCGAAAUUCCCGGCUUGCCAUUGUUCGGUUCCUUACUCGAGCUUGGAGAGAAUCAUGCUCUCGUAGCACAGAAAUGGGCGAAGAAGUAUGGCCCUGUAUUCCAGGUCCGCAUGGGCAAUAGGCGAAUUGUGUUUGCCAACUCCUUCGAUUCGGUCCGUCAUCUAUGGAUCACCAAUCAAUCUGCCAUGAUCUCGCGCCCAACCCUUCACACCUUCCACACCGUCGUCUCCUCCUCGCAGGGUUUCACAAUUGGCACAUCGCCAUGGGACGAGUCGUGCAAGCAGCGCCGCAAAGCAGCAGCGACAGCACUCAACCGCCCAGCCGUACAGUCCUACAUGCCCCUCAUCGACCUGGAAUCCAACGUCAGCAUCAAGGAGCUGCUCUCAGAUAGCAAAGGAGGAGAGAUCGACCUCGACCCCAGAGCAUAUUGGCAACGCUACGCGCUCAAUACCUCGCUGACCCUAAACUACGGUUACCGCAUCGACGGCGACAAGGACGACGCCCUCCUCAAGGAAAUCACCGACGUCGAGCGCGGAGUCUCCAACUUCCGCAGCACGAGCAACAACUGGCAGGACUACAUUCCCCUCCUCCGCCUCUUCCCCAAGCAAUCCUCCGAAGCCAUCAAGUUCCGCUCCCGCCGCGAUGUCUACAUGAACCGCCUCCUCGGCAUCCUGAAAGAGAAAAUCGCCAAUGGCACCGACAAGCCCUGCAUCACAGGCAACAUCCUCAAGGACCCAGAAGCCAAGCUCAACGAAGCCGAAAUCAAAUCCAUCUGCCUCACCAUGGUCUCCGCAGGCCUCGACACCGUCCCAGGCAACCUCAUCAUGGGCAUCGCAUACCUCUCCUCCCCCGCCGGCCAAAAGAUCCAACAGCGCGCCUACGCCGAGAUCAUGAAAGUAUACCCCGACGGCGACGCCUGGACGCGGUGCCUCUCGGAAGAAAAGAUCCCCUACAUUACGGCCCUCUACAAAGAGAUCCUCCGCUUCUUCACCGUGAUCCCCAUCUGCCUGCCCCGCGUCUCCAUCAAGGACAUCGAAUGGCAAGGCGCCAUCAUCCCUGCCGGCACCACCUUCUACAUGAACGCCUACGCCGCCGACUACGACCCCGACCACUUCGCCAACCCCCACACCUUCGACCCGGAGCGCUACCUCAACGUGCCCGACGGCGCGGGGACGCCGCACUACGGCUACGGCGCGGGCAGCCGCAUGUGCGUCGGCAGCCACCUCGCCAACCGGGAGCUCUUCACCGCGUUCGUGCGCCUCAUCUCCGCCUUCGAGUUCACCCCUCCCAAGGACCCGCGCGACGAGCCGGUCCUCGACUGCCUCGAGGCGAACUCCAUCCCCACGAGUCUGACCAUGGAGCCAAAGUACUUCAAGGUUGGGUUCAAGCCGAGGGACCGCGCGAAGCUGGAGAAGUGGAUCCGGGAGAGCGAGGAGAGGACUAAGGAUCUGAUGUAAAUGUAAAUAUAAACGUUAAUGUGUGAAUGUGAUUGGGGGGAAAUGGGAGGGAUAUUCAUAAGGUUUUCGUUUCCGUAUAU